GUGGCUAGACAUGGACGCUAUUUGAAGUGCAUUUCCGGUUCCACGUGGGGCCUCAGCCUGUUCAGAAUGCGGCAGCUCCAUGUUUGUAAACUUCUGCCCAUCAUAGCAUAUGGCUGCGCGGCAUGGUUCUUUGAUUACCAGGGGACAAUUCGCCAGGGACAUAUCCUGCAGCAUUUGGUUAAGCAGCUAGACACGCUGCAAGGCGAAUUACUUGUCCAAAUUUCAGGAGCGAUGAAGAAUACAUCCAGGAUUCUCCUCCGAAAAGAACUACAUAUUUACCCUCUUUCGCACUCGCUCCGAAUCAAGGCAACUGCCCAUCACGCAAGUGUCUAUGACACUGAGCAUGCUAAAGAGCUUCGCUUGAUUCGAGAAAGAGCUGGCCUUUGUGCUCACAGACUGAAAGCACAUCCAUUUACCCAACUCGACAUAUUGGCAGCAAAGUUAAAAAAUAUGGCUCAACUUCGGCAGAAACGACACAAUGGACAUGUAACAGAGGGUAUGUGGAACGGCGAUCCGGACUGGGCUCAAGGUCGUCAAUACACCAUCAAGCAAACGACGCUUGACAUGUUGAACUUUCAAGCUUCUGCCGCGUGGGAACAGUAUCAAAGCAGCCAUGUGCCAUCUUCGCCCGAGGGCAAGGCUCUUGCACUUAGAGAGCCUUGGGGCAAACGGAGUUUGAAUUACUACAAAAAGCUCAACCGGAAGCAGAGCACCAUGUUGCUUCACUGCAGAACCGGCUGGAUCGGCCUGCGAAGCCAUCUGAAACGGCUCAAUCUCCAACAGUCGGACCGGUGCCCCCACUGCGACAAUGGCCCGCAUUGUGUCGAGCAUCUAUUCAUCCACUGCAAGCACAACAGUCUUGCACUGCCACGGAAAAGGCUGUUCCGCGAGGCCGGAACCAGGAACCUGAAUACGAUUGUUACAAAGCAUCCGCAGCUGGCUGCUAAUUUUGCCAUUACCAACUUUGGCAUUGAGCAAUUCUCAGUGAACAGAAGCUGGAAGACUGCCGUCAAGCGGUCUCGCACGGAAAGCGAGCCGCUGCCCCCCCCUAAGAAGCAAAGGACCCUUGCACCGUGAAGGAGUUUGACGAUUCAAAAGGCUUGAUAGGAAAGGCUUUUACAAAGUAUUGAGGAAAUAACUUGUAUGAUAGGGACAGUGAGACACAGUGCAUAUAGUAAUAUAGGCCUUGUUUACCUU